UUCCGCACCGGGUAACCCAGCAACCUGACCCGGAAGUCCCGCCCCGCGCCCGGAACCGCUCCUGGGCCGCGCCGAGGUGUGACGUCACUUCCUGCAGCGGAGAAUGAAAUGGCGAGCGGCGGCGGAGGUGGCGGCGGCGCCGGCAAGAUGGCGGACAAGGAGAAGAAGAAGAAGGAGAGCAUUCUAGACCUUUCCAAGUACAUCGACAAGACCAUCCGGGUGAAGUUCCAGGGUGGGAGAGAAGCAAGCGGCGUCUUGAAAGGAUUUGACCCUCUUCUGAACCUCGUGCUUGAUGGUACCAUUGAAUACAUGAGAGAUCCAGAUGAUCAAUACAAAUUAACAGAAGACACACGUCAGCUGGGACUUGUGGUCUGCAGAGGGACUUCUGUGGUUCUUAUUUGUCCUCAGGAUGGAAUGGAAGCUAUUCCAAACCCUUUCAUUCAACAGCAAGACGGCUAGUGCUUUCUCUGGAUUGCCGCUGAAGACUUCAAGGGUGCAGAUCACAUUGGAGAAAACUGCCAGUGUAUGAGAAGCUUCCUGGUUUGGGGGAGGAGUUUGAAUGUGUAUUUGUUAGUGUGAAAGAACGGUCAACUUUUAUUUUUGUGGCUUUCCAUAAAUCAUGUGAGGAUGGGGUGUGGUGUGUAGGAAGUUCUGAUAUUUCCCCACCCCCUCCAAAUAAAUGUGUAACUGCAUUGCAUAGAGCUGACAGGAGAGAAGAUACUGUCAUAGAAUUGUCUGAGACACUGUUCAUUUUGUGAGUUUUGAAACAACCACAUAAAAUUAGUAAAGAAUGCCCUGAA